CCUUACGGUAAGUGGAGGUGGUUCCAUGACAGUCAGAGCUGCAGCCUGCAGCGGACAAACACACCUCAGAUCGACGGCCGUGUUUUUGGCAAUGCAAUCAGAAAAUCGCACUGAUUCGGAGGACGCUUCCUGAAACAUCGGCUUUCGGCCACCCUUUUCCAGGCCUGCAUCACCUUGCCUUCAAGAUGAAGUUAAAUACGAGCCGCCGUCAGGUGCCAGCCGCAUCCGAUGGUGCCAUGCUUUCUGUCUCGAUCAUCGACCAACCCCAUGCAGCACUUUCUUAUGUUGCGGUAAGAUAACGGACAUUUCUCACAAAGGAUAUACUAUGGUUUUUAUUCACUUUUCGAUGUUUUCUUCGGUACACACGGAGGCAGAUAAACAGGCUCAAGAGUCAAUGACGGGGUGUUACAUAACGUGUAAUGCAGCAGAGCCUCAUGACUAGUGUCUCGGUGGAGGAGGGACUGUUCGGUAGUUCUGGUCCCAGCUGACAGAUUCUGAUAUGGACUAUGAGAGGCCAAACGUUGAAACUAUCAAGUGUGUGGUCGUGGGAGACAAUGCAGUCGGAAAGACCCGCCUUAUCUGUGCCCGGGCCUGCAAUGCCACACUGACUCAGUACCAGUUACUUGCUACACAUGUGCCCACAGUCUGGGCAAUUGACCAGUAUAGAGUAUGCCAGGAGGUAUUAGAGCGCUCCAGAGAUGUGGUGGAUGAUGUCAGUGUUUCCCUUCGCCUCUGGGAUACUUUCGGGGACCAUCAUAAGGACCGGCGUUUUGCAUACGGCAGGUCUGAUGUGGUGGUACUGUGCUUUUCGAUAGCCAACCCUAACUCUCUCUACCAUGUGAAGACCAUGUGGUACCCGGAGAUCAAGCACUUCUGCCCCCGUGCUCCUGUCAUCUUGGUGGGCUGUCAGCUGGACCUGCGCUAUGCAGACCUGGAGGCAGUGAACAGGGCAAGGAGGCCUUUAGCUAGGCCAAUUAAAUCCAAUGAGAUCCUUCCUCCAGAAAGAGGCCGGGAGGUGGCCAAAGAGUUGGGAGUGCCAUAUUAUGAAACCAGUGUUGUGGCUCAAUUUGGAGUCAAGGACGUCUUUGAUAAUGCUAUCAGGGCUGCGCUCAUCUCUCGCCGCCACCUGCAGUUUUGGAAGUCUCACCUCAGAAAUGUUCAGCGGCCUCUCCUUCAGGCGCCCUUCCUGCCACCAAAACCUCCUCCACCCAUAAUCACUGUGCCCCCUCCCCCGACCACCACGGAGGAACAUCCAGUCGGUCUUCUCGAGGACCCACACUGUGCUGAUGUCAUCCUGGUUCUGCAGGAACGACAGAAAAUCUUUGCACACAAGAUAUACUUGGCGACAUCCUCUUCAAAGUUUUAUGACCUCUUUAGUAUGGACACACAAAAUGAGGAGCAUGAAAGGCCUCUUCGUGGUCCUCUUUCUGGACGUGAGCUACUGAUGCGUGCUGCUAGCUUUGAUGUUUGCGAAAGCAGCAACGAUGGAGACAGGGCCAACCUAAGGGCCUGCACUAGUGACGGGACAUUAAAAGACUCUGAGGGGGGCAGACGGGGCAGACUGCUCUCCUCAUGGAGCCGGGCCUUUGUCAGCAUCCAGGAGGAGCUGGUGGAUGACCCUGUCACAUACAGCCCCAGGCCUAUGACUGUAGUGCAUAUGGACCAGUCCAUGCAGCUGGGCCCUUUCAGAGCAGUGCUGCGCUACCUGUACACAGGCCAGCUGGAUGAGAAGGAGAAAGAGCUAAUGCACAUUGCACACAUUGCUGAGCUGCUUGAGGUCUUUGACCUGCGGAUGAUGGUUGCAAAUAUACUCAACCAUGAAGCCUUCAUGAACCAAGAAAUCACCAAAGCCUUCCAUGUACGGCGCACAAACAGAGUCAAAGAGUGCUUGGCAAAAGGCACCUUUUCUGAUGUAGUAUUCAAGCUAGAUGAUGGGACCAUCAUGGCCCAUAAGCCUUUACUCAUCUCUAGUUGUGACUGGAUGGCAGCUAUGUUUGGUGGGCCUUUUGUGGAGAGCUGCACCAAAGAGGUCCUCUUUCCAAACACAACUCGCAGCUGUAUGAGGGCCGUGCUAGAAUAUCUCUAUACGGGUCGGUUUUGUUCUCGGCCUGACCUGGACGCAAUGGAGCUAAUUGUUCUUGCCAAUCGCCUUUGCCUCCCCCACCUGGUUGCACUAACAGAGCUUUACACAGUAACAGUAUUGACGGAGGCAGCGAUGAUGGGGGCUGACAUUGAUGGAGAUGUUUUGGUGUACUUGGAUAUGGCCCAGUUCCAUGGUGCCCAACAGCUCACUGGCUGGUGUUUGCAUCAUAUCUGCACCAACUACAACAGUGUCUGUCGAAAGUUUCCUCGAGACAUGAAGGCUAAGUCUACAGAAAACCAAGAAUACUUUGAGAAACACCGCUGGCCCCCAGUGUGGUACCUGAAAGAAGAUGACCACUACCAAAGAGCACGUAAGGAGCGUGACAAGGAGGACUACCUAUACCAGAGACGGCAAUGCAAACGCAAGUGGCUCUUCUGGAACAUUCCAUCUUCCCCUAACUCAAACUCUCCUUCCUCUGGCUCUUCUGCUGUCAUCUGACCCAGUGGUAAGGCCGGGUCCACUCUGAAGAAUAUCAGGGAGGAUGUGAGCAGUAAAAGAAACAAUAGAAGACAAGCACUUCUGGAUAAGUAAGCCCCAAUUAUUCAGGCACACCAGUUUCUGCUCCUGUUUGUUUGCCUCUGCUGUCAAACGGCACUCCUCCAGGUUUGCAAGGUCACCUCAAUCUGGCAGUUUAAUUAAUGUGUGUGUUCUCUUAGAUUUUUAGCUUUGUGUACAUGAGACUUAAACCUCAGUGAUUUGAACCUCACUGAAAAAAAAUGGCACAGUGCAACUGGCGCAAAUAACAACUUACAUCAAUUGUUAUAUGUUCUGAUUUUUAAGUUUUAAAAAUAAGACUGCUGGCACAGGAAUCUCCACCUAUGAUCAUAACCAUCAACUAACCAGAACUGAUAACCAAGUGCUGCUUCUCAGCUGCAACAACCAGCAAUUCAACACAGAACUUCUCAGUCUCAGAGAUAAAACACUUGGCCCUUAAGUGUUUGUACAAUCUACCACACCAUGUGUACAGUAUAAUCUCCUCACAGGAUAUUAAAGUAGUAUAGCCUGUCAGGUCUUAGUUAAUGAAGUCAUUCACUCUAAAAAUGCUGACUAUGAUCCUGUGUGGAUUAAUGAAAAUACGGGCAAGUUCAUUCUGCUUUUGAAUGUUUGUGUUAGGAUUUACACAGCUCAACUUGAUGUGGGUCUGAACACUCAGCAUUUACAGAUUGUUGUGUUAUUUGUGGCAAAAGGGCUUUGAUUUACAUGAAUGCAUUCAGUGUCUUGAGACAUGAGAGAUCCUAUAUGAAGAUAAAUCUGUAUUUUACUAAAGCGCCAGCAAAAAACAAACCAGAUCAUGAAUAUUUCCUAAAUGUUGCUUGAUUAGGCCUGUGAGCACACAUUUUACCCUUACAGUUUAAUGUGAAUGAUUCCAUCAGCUUGGUCAAACAUGGAAAGUAACACACGAUGCAUCUCAGAGCCAAUUUCCCAUAUUUACACAUUGACCUUUUCCUUUGUCAAUGCUCAAAGGGUAAAGCUUAUAUGCUGUUGUACUGUACUGCUGUGUUCUCGUUUUUAAAUUGUAUGAAUGUAUACUCUCUGAUGAAUAACUGUCAUUUAAAAUAAUCCAGAUUGAUCAGCAAUUACAAAGACAAUGGAUAGGCAAGUAAGAAUCCUUCUGGACAUCCAAUUAAAAGGUAAGCUAACAUUAGCUGCCCUUCUGUGGUAAUCUGUUGUUAGCAAACAGCCACUUCCUAGCUCAUAGUAUCAUUGCUAGAAAGUGGCUAGCAGCUAACUGUCCUCCUGAGAACAACUAAUGCUUGCAUUCUGCUAAGUCAUUUGAUUGUUAACUGGAGUGCCUGACAUCUUACAGUAGCUGUCAUUAUAAGGACAGUUCAUGUCAGCAUUCAGCUAAUUCAAACUAAGUUUAAUGUUUACUAGCUAAGUGGCUUACAGCUUAGAUGAUAGCUAUGUUAGCAGUCGGCUGCUUUCUUGCUUAAAUUACAAGCUACAUAGCCUCAAUUCUAAUACUACCCACUACGUUACAUUAUACGAAAGGAAGAAGGAAAUAAAGCGCUAAUGGUAUUGUUUGCUUGGUAGUGGUAAAUGGUAACAUGAGCUGUUGUCUGACACUUGUUAAAAGUUGUUGGAUAUGGUAUUUAACUUCGAAACAUGGCCCAAAUAUAACUCUGCCUUGUCUUUUCAAUUGCUCUUCAGUCAGGAAACAGUGAUUUGCUAAAUGUUGUUGAUUUUAGAAGUAUUUGUGGCAUAGGCUAUAACCUGAAAUGCAGCAGUUUAACUAUUAUAACUCUAUCUGAGCUUUCCACCCUGACAGUACCAUCAGAGGAAAAUGGUUGUCCAUCUGUGAUGGUGUGUUAAAGUAUCAGUUACUGGUGGUGAUUGGGCCGUUAGAGAUUGAGCUGAGUUACUGCUGACAGUCUGAAGUUGGAUGAGUAUAAGACUUGUACACGCAGGAGGCCUCCUCAUGACUGGAUGAAGUCAUUCUUACUCUUCUAAACACCUCAACACUUCUGGACUCCUUUCCACAGAGACACACAAUAGAGCCUGAUGGACAGUAUGGUGUGAUGACACGCCGCAGCAUAUGUAAAUGAAGCGACUGAAGAUUAAACAAGAUGAUGUUGAAAUGUUUCAAGAAACCUUUGGGGAGGUUAGAUGAUGUUAUUUUCAUGAUUUACUUUGCACAUUGUAUAUUUAAGAUUAUCAUCUACUGUACUUGAUUGUAGGAUGGACUUGUAAGCAUGGUGCUUAGUGAAGAACGAUAGUAAUGUAAAUUGUACAAAAUAUCAAAUUAACUGCAAGUGACUAGCAUCACUGUUGUUUAGUUACCUAAUAUUGUGCACUGCAGGCAGUGAGCAUAAUCAUACAGUAUUACUGAGUAAUACCUUCACUGAUUAUAGACUUAUCCAAUUUGCAUUUUGUUACUGUGCAGUUACAAACGGUUGUUAAAAUAAUAACUGUGCUGACCUCCAGUUACAUCAAUUAUAUACUGUAGUAAUAUACAUGCACAUAGCAGGCAAUUCAAACAAACGGUUGACGCAUAGUAGAGUAGGAUUAUAGAGCAAGUGAAGUAGACAAGUGUUUAUAUAGAUAACAUUAUGAAGACUUAUGAUUCCUCCAUAAAACAUGCCACUGUUUUUUAAAAGUUAAUUCUGAUUGCAGCAUCUGUUUUACAGCAUAUGAUAAAGAAAUCCUGCACAUGAUUGGUUAAACACUCCUGUUUUUGACUUAUAUUUAAAGCCUUAAAAAGAGCUAAGAAUCACGAGGUGGAAUUAAUCAGUUAAGUGAAAAACCAACAAUUGCUUGCUUGUGUAUCAUAUACAGUAGAUCAUCGGGGUUGCUGGUUUGCUAAGCUGUAGCAUUAAAUUGCUCUAAAUUACACUUUUGGCCUUUUCUAAGUUAACAUUAAUAACGCCAUUUUGAAUACCUUUAUUGAUUACAUCGACUCAAAUGGUCAGACAAUAGGCAGAGAGAGGAGCCUCCAGAAGUAUUGUCUGGUUUGGCCCUAUUAAGACCACUUAAACACUAAAAAACAAUAUCUAGAUUUCACAUAAAAUACUGUUAAAUGUUACAGCAGAAGGGUCUAUAUUGUUUUAAUUUGCCUUGGCAACUUUACUGAUACAUUUCCUAGACAUGCAUUUCAUUCCUCAGUGCAUUGCAUUUCUUAGUGAAUCUUCUGCUGGCGUUUUGCAUCAACAACACCUCAUGCCUUAAUGUACAGUAUAGUGUAUGGUAUUGAAUGUAAAGUAUUGCUACUGUGGUUACUAGUUUGUUUGCUAUAUGUUCAGUUACCAUGGUGCUCUCUAGAUUGUGUCUGUAUUUGUAAAUGUACAUAAUCCAUAAUUUGGAUGUAAAGCAAUCUAUGUUUGGUUUGAAGGAAUUCAAGGAAUGUGCGUUUAACAUUGCGCAGGGUUUACGUCUCCAUAAAGCCGUAAACAAUUAACUUCACAGAGACUCUGAUUAUCAAGGCCAUACUAGACUAACUAAAUAACAAACCAUCAAUUUGUGACAUUAACCAUGAAAUGAAUGCAGGGAUUAAGAAUUUGUUCAUAAUUUCAGAGUUGCUUUAUUCUAAUGUACUCCAAUUUUUAAGUCUGCAUAAAAAAGUGCUGAGACAGUGUGACUAUUGGAAGUAAGAUUUUAAUUAAAACAUAUAAAUAACAAUUGUGUGAUGACUUACAAUUCAAACUUGGAAUUGCAGUUGAUACAAGCUAUUGCAUCGUUUAACAUAGAUACUGUUUUUGUACUAUGCAUACUGACAUGUUUGACUUUGAAACUACAAACUUGCACUGCUUUGUAGCACCGGGUUCUAUUCAAAAUUGCAUUAGAUGGUACAGCAACAUUAUUUCACAAGUAGACAACAUCAGGUAAAAAAAAAGAAAAAAAAAAAAAGAUCGGAUCAUAAAUUACUAAGAAGUUGUCACAGGGGCCCUUUUCCAUAUGUUUGGGUGCUAACAUCACCGCUGCAAAGAAGCACAAACCAAAGGGAGCUUUAGCAGCACCAGGAAUAUAUAAUAUAUGCUGCACAAUCACUACUGCAUAGUUUAAGCGGCCUUGUUCAGAAAUUGUUGAAAAUUAAAUAAGAAAAAAAAAAAGACAAUAAAUGAGAAGAAAAAAACUUGAACGUUUUCUCAGUGUUUAAAGCCUAGAUGACAUUUUCCUUGGUCGUCAGGUGUUUUUGUUCCCAAGAGCUGUUUUUAUUGUUUGGGAGCUGUAUCUGAAUUUCUGUAGCAUGUGUUCUUGAAAAUGUGUACAUAAUAUUUACUAAAUAAAAAAAGAGCAACAUGUCCA